GAUGCUUGUGGCUGACCGUGUCUCCCUCGAGAAGUGUGCUCUGGUGAUUCACCAGCGUGGGGAGCGGGUUGGCUGCCGGGGGACGAGUGAAAGGCCGACAUGGACAGCCGCUUGCAGGAGAUCCGCGAGCGGCAGAAGCUACGGCGACAGCUCCUCGCACAGCAGUUGGGAGCAGAAAGUGCUGACAGCAUUGGUGCUGUGCUAAACAGCAAGGAAGAGCAGAGAGAAAUUGCUGAAACAAGAGAAACUUGCAGGGCUUCCUAUGACACCUCCGCUCCCAGUGCAAAGCGUAAGUGCUUAGAAGAAGGAGAGACAGAUGAUGACAAAGUAGAAGAAUAUAAGGAUGAAUUAGAAAUGCAACAGGAGGAAGAAAAUUUGCCAUAUGAAGAAGAGAUUUACAAAGAUUCUAGUACUUUUCUUAAGGGAACACAGAGCUUGAAUCCCCACAAUGACUACUGCCAACAUUUUGUAGACACUGGACACAGGCCUCAGAAUUUCAUCAGGGAUGUAGGGUUGGCUGAUAGAUUUGAAGAAUACCCUAAGCUGAGGGAGCUCAUCAGGCUGAAGGAUGAGCUGAUCGCCAAGUCUAACACGCCCCCCAUGUACUUACAAGCAGAUAUAGAAGCAUUUGACAUCAGAGAACUAACCCCAAAAUUUGACGUGAUUCUUCUGGAACCUCCUUUAGAAGAAUAUUACAGAGAGACUGGUAUCACUGCUAAUGAGAAAUGCUGGACUUGGGAUGAUAUUAUGAAGUUAGAAAUUGAUGAGAUUGCAGCCCCCCGAUCAUUUAUAUUUCUUUGGUGUGGUUCCGGGGAAGGAUUGGACCUUGGCAGAGUGUGUUUACGCAAGUGGGGUUACAGAAGAUGUGAAGAUAUUUGUUGGAUUAAAACCAAUAAAAACAAUCCUGGGAAAACUAAGACUUUAGACCCAAAGGCCGUCUUCCAGAGAACAAAGGAACACUGCCUAAUGGGGAUCAAAGGAACGGUGAAGCGUAGCACAGACGGGGACUUUAUCCACGCCAAUGUUGAUAUUGACCUGAUUAUCACAGAGGAACCUGAAAUUGGCAACAUAGAAAAACCUGUAGAAAUUUUUCAUAUAAUUGAGCAUUUCUGUCUUGGUAGAAGACGCCUUCAUCUGUUUGGAAGAGAUAGUACAAUUCGACCAGGCUGGCUCACAGUUGGACCAACGCUGACAAACAGCAACUACAAUGCAGAGACCUACGCGUCCUAUUUCAGCGCCCCCAAUUCCUAUUUGACUGGAUGCACAGAGGAAAUUGAGAGACUGCGACCCAAAUCUCCACCGCCCAAGUCUAAAUCUGAUCGGGGAGGUGGUGCUCCCCGGGGUGGUGGAAGGGGUGGGACUUCUGCUGGCCGGGGGCGAGAGAGGAAUCGCUCUAACUUCCGAGGGGAGCGAGGCGGCUUCCGAGGCGGCCGUGGAGGGGCGCACAGGGGCGGCUUUCCCCCUCGGUAGGCCAGGACCCUGUCCACUGACUGCCCUCCUGCCCUUGAUUGCAGUUUGAAUUUCUAGUGACAGACUUCCUUCAGAACUCCCUUCCAGCUCGCACGAUGUUUUCAGUUCUCUGAACAGCCAGCAAUGUCUUUCUUGGUUUCCCUUGGGGUAGUCAAACUCUGGAUUUGCUACGAAUGGGGAGUGUGUCUAUUAAGCUCAGGUCAUGGAACACAGUGGGACAACGCAGAUUGCUUCGUCUCCAGAGACAAAACUUGUUCUGAUGGACUCUUAACUGCAAGGACUUUGGCUUUUUGAAGUAGGUGACCAGGGAAGAAGUUGGCAGUGGGUGCUGUCUCCUGGGCUCCUGGAGCUGAUCAGGCCUUGGUGGGUGAAGCUGAGACAGGCGGCAAGUGGUGGUCAGGGCGGUGGUGUUCCCCUGAAGAGGCUGUAAAGACAGUGGACCUUUUCUUUUUCCUUUCUUUCUUAAAUCUUAAGUAAACUCAAAAGACAAUUUGGGCACUGAAGAAAUUGAGGGACUGUGAACAAAAUCACCUCCUAAAAUCUAAAUCUGAGGGGGAGGUGAAGUUCUCGGGCCCCGGGUAAAGGAAAGUUGGAACUUAGUUGACAAAUUUCAUCUUCUCUCCACCUGCCCCCUGGAUAAACCAGUGAGAAAGCUCAGCAGCAGCAUUUCAACUGUGGAACCGUAUGUUAGUCAAGAUCCUCAUCUUCCUAAGCAGCAAACAAAGACAAACAUCCAAGUACUAGAGCUCUGCUGUGAACCUGCUUGGGUUGACCCUCAGAGCAGGUUCAUGAUCCUCGGCAGAAGUCAGAGGCAGCAGCAGAGACAAUUGGUUAUCUGGUGCUUGGCUGAAACAGUUUGGGGAAUUAAGUACUUGAUGAGGCAACCCUAUACAUCUUUAAAUUAACCUUGUUUUGGAAGAAAUAGUAAUAUGCAGGCACUUACAGAAAGCCCUGACCUCAGAGUACAGUUUGGAAAAUGGGAGUGAGCUUGCCAUUUAUUACUGCCAUCUGGGAGGCUGCUAAGGGGCCGGUUGUUCAGAUCAGCUAGUUGUGUACGACUCUGUGUUGUCAUUUCUCUUUCUAUAUGGUAACUCAUGUUUUAAAGGAAUAUGUGAAUGAAAUAAUACCAUUGCUGUUCUUGAAAACUGCAUUUUUUAUUUUGCUAGGAUUUUUCUAAUGAAAACUUAAAGCCUUGAAA